AUGAUGGCCAUGGACGCUGGCCACCUCAAGGGUUCGUGGAAGGGAGUCAUGUACGUCCUCUGCAUGCACGACAGCAACAACAAGAUCAUCCACGUCAGCACUACUUGCCGGAACGAGCACAUGCAUCGACAUCUUUCGUCCGGCGAGGUGACGUUCUUCAUCGACGGUCACAAAGGAUCACCGGCGGCCCUCAGGGCGGUUCUACCUCAAGCGCCAUGGCGUGCGUGCGUGAGGCACCUCAUCACCAACAAAAACAUGAUGAAGGCAAUGGGACACGUGCACAAGAUGAGGCACUAG